GCUAAAAAUACACCACACAAAAUACUUUAUAUAAUAUAUAUUUACAAAAAGUUGGAUUCCACCAAACACAAACAACAACAACAACAAGAACAACAACAAACAACAAUAACAACAAAAUCAACACCAGAAUGAACACCAGUAUUCUCCGUCGCCUCGCAUUCACACCCCUGCGCAGCAACCUCGCCGUCCGCCACCAAAACCCCAUGCACCAUUACCACCACCGUACUUUAACAACCACGAGCAACACCCAAGAAGACCCCCAGCAGCGGGACCCUGUAAUCACCCUCCUCGAUCACGCACUAACCAAAGUACCAACGCACGGCUGGACAACCCAUGCACUAACCGCCGCCGCCACAGAUCUCGGCUACUCCCCGCUCUCCCACACCAUUGCCACCAAGGGCGCCCCCACAUUGAUCUCGCACUUUCUCGACCGCGCCCUAGACAACACACUCAUAGAAGUUGACGACCAACUGCACGAACUAGACACCACGAAUGAUCGACUUCGGCUUAUUUGCCGCACGAGGUUGCGCCAAACUAUGCCGCUAGCAGAACGGUGGCCGGAGGCUGUGGCUAUUCUGGCAUUGCCGCAGAACGUACCCUUGGCUGUGAAGCAGUUGGGGAGAAUGUCGUCGGAGUUUUGGUUUGCCGCUGGGGAUCAGUCUAAGAGCAUUGAUUGGUAUGCGAGGAGAUCUGCCCUGGCUGCUGCGUAUGUUGCUGCGGAACUGUAUAUGUGCGAGGACCGCUCGCCCGGAUACGAGGCUACUUUUGCCUUUCUCGAUCGCAGAAUGCGUGGUAUCCAGUCUUUGGAAAACGACUGUAAUAAGGUGUUGGGCUUUACCACUCAAUUUUCUCGCAAUUUUUACAACAUUCUAUCUUCUCGCGGACUGUUUUAAUAAUCCUUUUUAAAAAAGUUUAUUAAUAGAAAACAUA